AUGAAGGUAUGGAAGGACGAGGGCGAUGUCGCAGAAAAUAGUGCAGGAAGGAGCGACGAAGAACGAAGAACCAACUUAAGAAUGACAAGAACCCAGCAUAUAACAUGUGCUCGAAAAUUACCUCCACCCCGUUUGCCUCCCUUGAUGCAACUCUUCGACGGGCCAAUCCUGUUCUACCUUCGUCCUGCCUAUCGGUCCCAAUGCCUUAUCCGCUAUCCGCUAUCCGCUAUCGACUUUAGCCUGCAGAGACAGGUGUUCUAUUGCUAUAUUAUUGGACUACCAUGCGUUCUGUCUGCUUGCUUGCUAUCUUAUUACUUACGAUCUCCUUCUUUCUCCUUUCUUCCCGCUUUCGACUCUCUUACUCGACACUUGCCCGCUGCACUCACCCACGUACCACACAUCACCCAAUAUCCCACUUGUUCUUGUUACCCACCUUACACGUUCCACAUCCCAUGUUUCCUCUCCAAGAUUAUGCAGAAGUCUUCGAUCUCACUCAAUUUGCUAUCACUGCGCACCCGCACUUCGUUCACCAUUGUCUCUCUUAGCUUGACCUCUUCAAUCCACCGUAUGCACGAUCUUGUAUUUAUUGUACUUAGAGGCCAAGUCCAAGUGUAUUUAUAUAAAGAAUAA